CGCCCGCUCUUUCCUUCCUGCACGCCGGCUGGGCGGCGGCCGCUCGCUGUCCGGAAGUGCCGCAGCCGCCGAUUCGCAUCGCCGCGCUCUGAGCCGGUCCUGCUGCCGCUGUCAGAGCCAACAGCCAACAUGUCCAGCAAAAGGGCAAAGACGAAGACCACCAAGAAGCGCCCUCAGCGCGCCACCUCCAAUGUCUUCGCUAUGUUCGACCAGUCACAGAUCCAGGAAUUCAAGGAGGCCUUCAACAUGAUUGAUCAGAACAGGGAUGGCUUCAUUGACAAGGAGGACUUGCACGACAUGCUGGCCUCCCUCGGAAAGAACCCAACAGAUGAAUACCUGGAUGCCAUGAUGAACGAGGCUCCGGGCCCCAUCAACUUCACCAUGUUCCUCACAAUGUUUGGUGAGAAGCUGAACGGCACUGAUCCAGAAGAUGUCAUCAGGAAUGCUUUUGCUUGCUUUGACGAAGAAGCAACAGGCUUUAUUCAAGAAGACUACCUGCGGGAGCUGCUGACCACGAUGGGAGACAGGUUCACAGAUGAAGAGGUAGAUGAGCUCUACAGAGAGGCACCCAUCGACAAAAAGGGCAAUUUCAACUACAUUGAAUUCACGCGCAUCCUUAAACACGGAGCAAAAGACAAGGAUGACUGAGCAAAUCCCUGGACACCUGCAGAUUCUCUCUACUUUACACUUAUGUAUUUUUGAGGGGGGUUUUUGUGGUAGAACUUGUUGCAUGCAUUUAGCUUUACAACUUUCGCCUUUCUUAAUGUAUUUAUCUAUUCCGGGCCAAUUAGGCACAACUGCACCUGUGUAAUCAGACUGGAAGUGGGGAAAAUAUUGUAAGGAGAAAGAGAUAGGAACAAAGAUAAGUGAACUUUGAAGUCCUGGAAAAUAAUCUCAGUGUUUCUGGUUUAGCUGGAUUUUUACAUUUUUUUGUAAUAAAUGGCAUUUUGAAAUAAAGAUUGCUUAUAUAGA